GAACCUGAACAACGAGCCGAGCUCACUGGCUUCGAGCAGCAGAAGCCUGUCCAAGUUCCACUGCUACCUUUUCAUUUAAAUUUUUCUUUUGCACCCUUCAGUAAAGUAUUGCAGCGCACCUUCGAAAUGAGUUCAAAAGAAUACGAUCGCAGAUCUGCCCCUGUGUUAAAUAUACAGUGUAACUGGGAUGAUCUAAUUAGGAACAAAAACAGCGAGCUUUGGGUCUCCUGCAAAUUUCGAGGCGAAAACAGUUUUGAUGGGAAAAUUCUGAGUAGUGGCUCCAAAGAUACUGUCUCCUCCUCAGAAGGAUUUUCAGUCAAAUGGAUUCCUGAUGUACGAGGGAUAUCAGUUACACAUCAGAGGUCCAAUUGCUGCACAUUAUUUGUUGCUCCAGGCUCCCAGUUCAGUGGAAUUCACAAAAAAAGUAUUAUAUCUCUUCAUACAACCCCAGGAGGGCUUGCUGUCUCAGCUUGCACAAAUAACCAGCUAAAUGUUUGGGAUACCAAAACUGGACAAGUCUAUAGAUCAUUAGUGGGUCACCCAUGUGAUGUCUACCAGUGCCGCUUCUUCCCAUCUGGGGUUGUAGUUAUUUCUGGUGGGGCUGACAUGCAGCUUAAAAUCUGGUGCGCCGAGAAAGGAGAGUGUCCUGUCUCCCUCCGUGGUCACACUGGCUCUAUCAUGGAUGUAGCUAUUGUGGAUCGUGGCAGGAAUGUCGUUUCUGUAUCAAAAGAUGGAACAGCUCGUUUGUGGGAUUGUGGCAAGUCAGCAUGUCUUGGUGUACUUGCAGAAUUGCCAUCAGUAAUAAAUUGUUGUGCUAUAACUGCUGUUAGCAAUAAAGUGCCACUGGGUGAACGAGAUGAACCUCCAAGUGAACGAGAGAUUGGGACUGAAGAUAAAGUUCUUAUUGUUGGCUGUGAAGAUGGUGUGCUUGCAUCAAUUGCAGUUCGAAGCCGAAAAACCUUGAGCAAAAAAGCACUGCUUUCAGCUGUUAACUGUCUUGCCCCAGUUAAUGAAGAAACUGUUGCUGUGGGUUGCCAUGAUGGACAAGUUUUCUUAUUCAACCCGGCUAACUUAGAAACGCCUUUGUGCUCAUGGUAUGAAUCUAAUAGCCCUGCAUUAAGUCUUUUGUGUCACACUGAGGGAAUUUUUGUGGGUCGCACAGAUGGAACAUGCACUUACUUGCCAUUCAAAGAUUCUAAUAGGUCACCUAAGCGUAUACAGCUAACAGGGCCAGAAUAUGACCCCAUUUAUGACAUCGCAACUGAUGGGCAUGCUAUUUAUACUGCAUGCCGAGAUGGUAUAAUAAGAAAAUACAAUGUGACAAAACCUUUACAAGCACUGUAUGAGUAAAUGUCUGAUUAUUUCUCCUGUGAUUUGGAUUUGUAAAACCACAGGAUUAAUUCAUUAUGUAAUGUCAUGGUAAAUAUUGUGAUUUUAAUUAAUUGUUGAAUUCUUAUUGAAUUGAUAUUGUUAGUCUUCUGUUCCAAUCUUAAGUGACGUUUUUGAUCUACACUUCCUAACAGUGUACUUUAAGAAAAGGUCCUUCUUGUUCUCAAGAUAGUUUUGGCAACAAAAUGUCAUUAUUAUUGGGCCACGAAUCUAUACAUGUGUGUGAUGAAGCUUUGUUUGUAAUGAAUGAAACUAUUGUAUCUCUUUUCUACAUUUAAUUUUAAUGGAACACAAUCCAAUGUGCCAGGAUAUAUCUAAGUCUUUUGAUGAUUCAUGUUAUAAACUUGCCUUCAAUCUUGUGUAUUGAUUGUGUGUAAUUCAAAGAAAGCUUGACUGACAAUUCUUGUCUGACCUAUUUAAAAACAGUUAGGAAUAAAAAUUCCCAGUGAUUCCCA